AUAGCCUUGAAAAUCGGUUUUUUAGUUUUAUUCAAAAACUCCCUAUCAAACAUCAAUUUUAUUGCAUCAAACUUCAUUCAAUUCCAAAAAGAAGAAGUUCAAUUGUAAUUAUUAGUUCAUUUCAUCAAUCCUUUUAUUUUUUAAUAAUCUAUUUUUUUUUGGUUCCACAUACUAUAAUAUAUUAUACAACAACACAUAAUGUCACAAUUACAAACAGAUAUCAGAAGAAAAUUAGUCAUUGUCGGUGAUGGUGCUUGUGGUAAAACUUGUUUAUUGAUUGUUUUCUCAAAAGGUACUUUCCCAGAUAUUUACGUUCCAACUGUUUUCGAUAACUAUGUUGCUGAUGUUGAUUUAGAUGGUCGUAGAGUUGAAUUGGCCUUAUGGGAUACUGCUGGUCAAGAAGAUUAUGAUAGAUUAAGACCUUUAUCUUACCCAGAUACAAAUGUUGUUUUGAUUUGUUUCUCUAUUGAUUUACCAGAAUCUUUAGGUAACGUUCAAGAAAAAUGGAUUUCUGAAGUUUUACAUUUCUGUCAUGGUGUUCCAAUCAUCUUAGUUGGUUGUAAAGUUGAUUUAAGAGAUGAUCCAUCCACCAUUCAAAAAUUAAGAGAUGAAGGUUUAGCACCAGUCUCACAAAGUGAAGGUCAAAGUGUUGCUGAUAAAAUUGGUGCUAUCAAAUAUAUUGAAUGUUCUGCUAAGAGAAACUUCAACGUUGAUGAAGUUUUCAAAACUGCCACUAGAGCUUCAUUAAUGAGUAAAGAAAAGAAAGCUAAAAAACCAGGUAAAAAGAAGUGUGUUAUUUUAUAAAAAGGUCAAUGAAUAUAAUUUUUAUUGUUAAUUUCAAUUCAUUCUGAUUUUUUUUCCAUUAUCAAACA